AUGUUGGCAGAGACACAGAGACUUCUGGAAGAGAAAAGGAAGAAGUCACAAGCUUCUCUUGAUAAUUGUGUUGCAUUGAGGAUGAAACACCUUGAUCUAACUUAUCCAGGAGAAACAGCAGACGAGGAUGAACAGGAAGAGGAGUUUGUACCAUUGACACCAGAAAUGGAGGAAGUAAUUGAUAAUGCUCUGAUGAAAGGCCCACCAAAUCAAGUUCUGAUUGAGAAAUUCAAUACACAGAUCACCAGGCAUGAUAUAUCCACAUUAGCUGGCCUGAAUUGGCUUAAUGAUGAAAUUAUUAAUUUUUACAUGAACUUGUUGAUUGAAAGAGGUAAACUGAUAAUUAUCCAAAAGGUAUAUGCUUUUAACACAUUUUUCUAUCCAAAAUUGAUGAAGACAGGGUUUGCAUCAGUAAAAAGAUGGACUAAGAAAGUGGAUCUUUUCAGUCAUGACUUGCUCCUCAUACCAGUUCACUUAGGAAUGCACUGGUGCCUGGCUACUAUUGAUCUUCGUACAAAAUGUGUCAGAUAUUUUGACUCUAUGCUAGGUGAUAAUGAUAAGUGUUUAGAAGCACUACUAAAGUAUCUGGAAGAUGAACAUCAAGACAAAAAGUCAUCACCUUUUGAAAAGACUGGUUGGAUGGCUGAGAAUGUGAAGGAUAUACCUCAGCAAAUGAAUGGAUCAGAUUGUGGGAUGUUUGCUUGUAUGUUUGCUGAGUAUUUGUCUCGUGAUGCUGAUAUCACCUUUGACCAGCAGCACAUGCCGUACUUCCGAAGAAAAAUGGUGUAUGAAAUUGUCACAGCCAAUCUUCUUUAAUGAGAUGCAUGAAACUUGUAGUUUUAGAUGGGUGAUAAAUCUUACAGGAUUUCAAGUAGAUGCAGAACUAAUAAGUUUUUGUUACGUGAUUGCAUGAUUUGUCAAUACUCACAGGAGUGGUGUUAAGUAAAUAGUAAUGGUAUUCCACAGUAGUUGAAGUAGUUGGUUAUGAAUAAUAUUACAAUGAAUGGAUUCUUCUGUAAGGGAAUUUUCUAUCGUGUUAUUGGAAGAAAUUCCACCAGUGAACAGUGCGAUAUUUGUAACGUCCUACAAUGAUUUUGAUUAAUAAUGAUUGUUGUUGCUAUUGGAUUCAUCAUAGAGGAUGGCAGUGUCUGGAGCAUUAUUCAUUAAAACAAAAGAAGCAGUCAAAGGAUCAUCAUAUUACUGUUUGCUGCAGAAGGGUGGAACUCUACUUAUGGAUUAUAAGAAGGCCCACUGGUACCUAUAGUAGAUAGAAUGUAGUGCUGCAGCAUCCACACCUGGCUCAAGUUGGCAUGGUUGAUGCAGUGUUCACCUCUUCUGGAAGUACUUAUUGAUGUUUUGAGUGACUGCUUUACUGAUGCUUAUGAAUGCUCAUUUGUAAGUAAAAACUUUGAAAAAACAGGAUGUCCUCACAGGGCCUAAAUGAAGUUGAGAGGUUAGUUAAACCAAGAAAACUUGUAUCUCCAUCCAACAGUUAUAGUAAUACAUGGCCUUGUCAGCAGAGGGGUGUGGGCGAUGGUUUGUGAUUCCAGUUAUUCAGUAGAUCAGUUUAAGGUAUAAAUACAAAAUAAGGAAAUGAAAACUGGUGAUGGCUGUGUAUUUUGGUUGAUAGUAACUAAUAUAUGUAUCUCUGUCUGCAGUUUGGUUUUGUAAAACUUUUGUAUAUUGUAUUGCUGAUUAGGAGUCUCAUUGUUGUAUUUAAAAUAUUUCAUUUAAUAACUUGAGCAUUGAUAUAUCAGCAAUAGUGACUAGAGGAAACAUAUACAUGACAUAAAUAAUGAGCUGGAGUAUGAGACUUACUAGAAAAUUUCUCCACUUUCAUUCCAUUUUCACUUAAAAGACUGUCUCAUUAAAAGAAUCCUUUGAAGUUUUACUGAAGAUGCAUGAUUCUCUCUCUCUCUCUCUCUCUCUCCUCUCUCUCUCUCUCUCUCUCUCUCUCUCUCUCUCUCUCUCUCUCUCUCUCUCUCUCCUCUCCUCUCUCUCUCUCUCUCUCUCUCUCUCUCUCUCUCUCUCUCUCUCUCUCCUCUCUCUCUCAUGCACAUUUAACAUUCACACUUACAUGUCAUUCCAAAGUUGUUAAGCAUUAGAUAAAAUCCUUAGUUGUGAAGGAGUAAUAAAGCACCUCACUAGUGUUAAUUUUUUUUGCUACAUUGUAAAUCAAUUGCUUUUUUACUGGUUGUGUAGUUUAUUUAUUUAUAGGUGGACUUUAUUUAUUUUAGUAUCAGCACCUAUGCUUGGAUGUUUGGAGUAUCUUCAAUGUUUUAUAUCAAUAUCUUAGGAUAGUUAUUAACAUUUCUAGUUAUUAGAUUUAGUAUUUUUAGUUUAAUAGGCUUCACUUCAGAUGAGCAUAAAAUGGAACAAGUUGACAGUUAAAGUGUAUGUGGUUGUAUUAAUAUGGAGUUCCUAAAGAUAAGCUUUUCUAGUAAUGUGCUGCAACACUGAUAUGUAAACUUUAUGAGGACUUAAAUUUUGUAUAAAUGACUAAUUUGUUUUGAGAUCUAUAUUUGAGAGUGGAGUCUAAUGUGGAUUAAGUUCUAGAAUGCAGUGGCUUGUACUGGCCUGAAUAUACUGACGGGUAGGUGGCUGCUAUUGGCUGGCUGUGAUGUUAUGAACCACGUGAGUGUGAUCAGGUCAAGUCCGGGCACAGUUUUGUAAUGUGGGGAAGAAUUAACUAUUUUUAUUUCAGUGUUAAUGCAUUCUUACUUUUCCGUGGCCAAGAAAGUUUGAGUUAUUAAAAUGCUGCAGAAAUC